AUGUCUAACUGGGAUGAUGAUGCGCUAACAGGAUCCAUGGGUAAUGGAGGAGAUGACGAAGUUCUCUUGAAUUCCUGGGAUGAUGAAGUUGUAAUUGGUGAUGAACCAAUUUUGGAAUCAUGGGAUGCUGAAGAAGAACCUAAGGCCAAGAAGGAAACUGCCCCAAAAAAAGCAGCAGGCAAAAAGAAGAGCCCUGAACCAAAGAAGACAGUAGAAUCUGCACUAGACCAUGUUGACGAAAAGACCCGUAAGUUAUUAUUGAAGAAAGCUGAGUUAGAUUCUGAUUUAAAGAAUGCAGCUGACUUGUUGGGAGGUUUAGAAUUAGAAGAGCAUCCAAGAGCUCGUGCUUUAAGGAAAGAAGAAGAAGCCACAGCUAGUCUAUUGAGUCAAAUACCUAUAAUGACUAAGGAAACACCCAUUGAGACACAUCCAUUAUUCGUUGCUGCUGAAAGUAAGAGAGAUUAUCAAGAUUUAAGGAAGUCAUUGGCAACUGCUAUUGUUUCUAUGAAUGACAAAUCCCCAUUAAACUAUUCUUCCAAUUUGGCCAUUGAUUUGAUCAGAGAUAUUUCCAAGCCAAUGUCCAUUGAAUCCAUUAGACAGACGGUUGCUACUUUGAAUGUGUUAAUUAAGGAUAAGGAAAGGGAGGAGAGACAAGCACGUCUUGCACGUGUUAAAGGUGGUACCUCCACGGGUGGUGCAGGUAAGAAGAAGGCUAAGGCCAAGACCAACUUAGGUGGUGCAUUCAAGAAGGAUAAUGACUUCGACAUGGAUGACAUGAACUACGAUAAUUUUGGGGAUGACGACUUCAUGUAG